ACUGAAAGAGCAUCUGAAACAGUCCAGUGUUCCUGUUCACGGGGUUUUAGCCCUUCUACCUCACCAGACACGUCCUCGUUCAAGCCUGGGCUGGGAGCUGCACCGGUACAAAGCCGCUAGUGAUUUUAAUCUGUGGACAUAUGAAACUGUUAGAAAUGCUGUCUUGGAACUGUUGAGAGAGAUGGCUCAAGUAAAUCUAGCCAAAAUCUGUCCAUUGCCUCAGCCAGUAUUAUCAAAUAUCGUUAACAAUAAAACGAAAAUGAAAAUAGGUCGAGAGAAAUGUAAAGAAUUUGGAAGGUGGUACAUAGAAUUUCGACGACAAAACCCAGAUAUUUCUGAACUACAUACAAAAAAUACUCGCCCUUAUGAAGGCCGUAUGACAUUUCACUCUGCAAAAGAACAGCCAGUCAUGAGAGAAUGGUACCAGGCCUGCAAGAGUCCCUCAGAGAAAACACUACAGAUCUAUACUGACAUCUUAAAUGAAACAAUACUUCGCCAACAAGAGAGGCCUAAAGUUACUCUGACAAAUCUGAAAAAUUGGUGGAAAAAUGAAAGACAAAGAGAACGUAAACGACAUGGAAUCAAGUGCCGUACACGCUCCAAGCAGAUAAAAAAUCAAGAAGUUAUGAGCCAAGCACCUGAACCUCAUCCUAUAAUGGCAGAUACAAGGUCUCAAAUUUUAGAGAUUCAACAAAACACAAACUUUAAUCUAACUUGAUCAGAUGUGUAGAAAAUGUGUUUUUGUCUUCAGCUAGAACUGGUUCAUUCAAAAAGAUUUUUUUACAAGGUCAACUUAGUGAUGUCCCGAGGAAAGAAGACGACAAGUAACCAAACAGGAGACGUUUCUCCUAUUCCAAAUGCAGUAAUUACCGUUAAAUUAAUCAAAAAUAUGUUAAUAAUGUCAAGUCUUUUUGUAAAUGUUUUCAGUUUGGUUUAAUUUCUAGAACAGUUGACUUGUCAGAUAACUGUCUUUGUGAUCUGCUUGUAGUGGCUUAACUAUCUUCAUUAAGGUAUCAAUCAUUAGUAAGCAAAAAACCAUUGAACUUUUAUUGUAAAAUAUUUGUUCACAUACUUUUGUAGCUUCCUUUACCUUUAUGUCCUCAUAAUUAUGACUUGUCUUCGUAGGUUAGUGUCUACUAAGGUUCAAAUCAUACACACACACACCAGGAACUAUAUGAAUUGUAGUCAGAUGUCAUGGCAGACUACUCUGAUUUGAAUAAAAUGUGCUUCGUAUAACCUCA